UGGCAGUUGCCUAUCGCUGGACAAACUCAACGGACAUGGAUAACACCACGGCCGCAAUGGCCGCAAAAGGUGUCCCGAGGAAUCACAGCAACUAUGUUAUUCCCGGACUCUAUGACCUCUCUGUGGAGGACACGAACUGGGUGCUGACCUCCUCCUUUAUCAUCUUCACCAUGCAAACCGGGUUCGGAAUGCUGGAAUCCGGCUGUGUGAGUAUCAAGAACGAGGUAAACAUCAUGAUGAAGAACGUGAUCGACAUCGUCCUGGGCGGCUUCACCUACUGGCUGUUCGGCUACGGAAUGAGCUUCGGGCGAGGCCCACUCUCGAAUCCCUUCAUCGCCAUUGGGGACUUUCUACUGGAUCCGCCAGUGGGCGAUGCCCUCAUGGGCCAGAUUUUCGCGGCCUUCCUGUUCCAACUGUCGUUCGCCACCACGGCCACAACGAUUGUCAGCGGUGCCAUGGCAGAACGGUGCAAUUUCAAGGCGUACUGCCUGUUCUCGUUCCUAAAUACCGCUGUGUACUGCAUUCCCGCUGGUUGGGUUUGGGGCGAGCACGGAUUCCUCAACAAACUGGGCGCCGUGGACAUUGCGGGUAGUGGACCGGUGCAUUUGAUUGGAGGCGCCUCCGCCUUUGCCUCAGCAGCUAUGCUCGGUCCACGACUAGGUCGCUACUCCGAGGGCUACGAUCCGCUGCCACUGGGCAAUCCCGUCAAUGCCUGCAUGGGUCUGUUCGUCCUCUGGUGGGGCUGGCUGGCCUUCAACUCGGGCAGCACGUACGGGGUGAGCGGAGCCAAGUGGCAGUAUGCGGCCAGAGCUGCAGUAAUGACCAUGAUGGGAUCCUUCGGCGGCGGAUUCACCAGCUCCAUAUACUCCUUUUGGCGCCAUGGCGGGGGAAUGGACAUCAUGGACCUCAUCAACGGGGUACUAGGCUCUCUGGUGUCCAUCACGGCCGGUUGUUUCCUGUACCGCGCCUGGGAAGCCCUGGUGAUCGGAGCGAUCGGCUCGCUUUUCUGCGUCCUGGCCAUGCCGCUGUUUGAUCGCAUGGGCGUGGAUGACCCUGUGGGCGCCAGUGCCGUGCAUGGAGUAUGCGGCAUCUGGGGGGUAAUUGCAGUGGGUCUCUUUGCCGACAAUCCCAUUCCGCUGGACACUACCAAUGGACGAAGCGGAUUGUUCAAGGGGGGCGGCUGGUAUCUCCUGGGGAUUCAAACGCUCUCGGCAUUCUGUCUCGUCUGUUGGGGCAUCUGCUCCACCUUCCUGCUGUUGUAUGUGAUCAACAAGAUCAUACCCAUACGCAUGGAUCCGCACGAGGAGUUGUUGGGCGCCGAUCUUACCGAGCACCGUAUUCGACACUCACAAAUUGGAUUGUCGCGCGCCAUUUCGGCCUUGGCGCCCAUCAAGGUGGAUCUCAAGAACAUCGCCGGCAUCCAGCCCAUCGGUAUCAAUCCUGGACACGAGCGCAGCCUCGAUCAGUUGAGAGCCGCGGAGGACAAGCUACAGCAGUGGCAAUCCUACCUGGAGCAGGUGAGUGCUCCUCGGGCUAACCAGAAAAUGGACGCCGGUCAGUCACACGCGGACAUCACCUUCAAGCCGAGGACGGCGGGAAACGUCUUCAGUCGACGACUCCCCGCCCGGAAGAGCAUCAGCGGCGGCCUGUACAGACCCAACAACAGCGAACUACCCGUAAUCGGCAAGGUACCCAAGUUGGAGAAGGACCCCAACUUCGCCUGGGUGGAUUAAACCUUACUAAAGGCAUUGUAUUAGUCACACAGUUUUAUAGAUUCCAAAGCACUAUCACAACAAUGAAAUCUGAUGAAAUUAGGUUGCACACUUUGUUUAUAAAUAUCUCUAGAAAUAUCUGUAAUAAUACGUCAGUUAAACUCUUAAUGGAAAAA